AGGAAUUUAGUAACUAAUAAUACUCAGAAUUGAUAAAACAGAAUACUUUUGAUAAAGGGAUCACUGUCAUGUAUUAUCUCUAAAAAGUGCAGUUUUUGAGAAGAUAAGAGCCUCCGAAUCUUUAUUUUUAUGGUCUCAAUGCUCGCGCCUUAUAUUCGAAGCACACAAGAAGCGGCUAUGCUAGCUCUUGCUGUUCUCUUCGCUGCAUUCCUUGUAAACCCGAAAAGGGCUGAUGGUGUCGAGUACGAGACUGUGGAACGGGGAUCCCUUCAUGAAACCGAUUAUCGGGUUUUUAUUAAGGGUCCCGAUGGUGUUUUGUCUCCUUGGCAUGAUAUUCCUCUUUAUGCUGAUGAAAGCAAGAAAAUUUAUAAUAUGAUUGUUGAAAUUCCCCGCUGGACAAAUGCCAAGAUGGAGAUGUCUACCAAGGAAGCAAUGACUCCCAUCAAACAAGAUGUCAAGGAAGGUCUUCCCCGAUUUGUACCUAACAUAUUCCCUCACAAAGGGUACAUCUGGAAUUAUGGAGCCAUUCCACAGACCUGGGAGGAUCCUAAUCAUGUUGUGGAUGAAACUAAUGCAGUUGGUGACAACGACCCGAUUGAUGUUGUAGAUAUAGGAUCAAAAGUCAAAAUUCUUGGUGUACUCGCUCUUAUCGAUGACGGACAAACUGAUUGGAAGUUGGUUUCUAUCGCAGUCAAUGACACUCUAGCCAACCAGAUGAACAACAUAGACGAUGUCGACAAACAUCUCCCUGGGUUGCUUAAAGCCACCGUCGAAUGGUUCCGUUUUUACAAAGUUCCGUCCGGGAACCCUGAAAAUCGAUUUGGUUUCAAUGGCGAGUAUAAAGAGCGUGAUUAUGCCCACAAAGUCAUAGAUAAUACCCACGAGUACUGGAAAAAGCUCAUAAAAGAAGCAACGCCCGAGUUAAAUACGGAAUGCUUCGUGGAAGGCGCUGCCCAUCCAGCUACUCCAGAGUCUGCUCAAGCUGCUUUGGAUGCAGCUGCUCCUCCAGGAAACGCUUCUAAAAUUCCUGCCAAAGUUGACGACUGGCACUUUAUUGCAGCCUUGUCCGGUGUUGAUAGGCUAAUGUGUUUCUCAAGUGUAAUGCUACUAUGUUUUGCGUUUCUGAUAGAAAGUUCUUGUCUUUUUGAAUGAAG